GUUAUCUAUGAUUAUUGGUUCUGUUCUGUAGCUGUACUGCAACCGUCAUAAAAAUUGAAAAAUGACAAUUGAUUUAAUAAGAUUUUUCAAUAAUUUGGAAUAGUCUUUAUAAUAUUUUGAAUUUUAUUCGUUUGAAAACGUGGAAUGAUUAUAUCCUACAUUUUUAAAAUUUACAAAUUCAACCUAACCAUUUGUCUGUCACUUUUAUUUUUUAAUUCAUACUUUCAUUGUAAAAAUAGAGAUAUUCUUUAGAAUAAUACAAAAAAAUGUCUAUUGAAGAUGAAACAGAACUGAAAGAUUUACUUUUGCAGACUCUUACAGAAAAUGGAACUCUAGCAAAAAUGAAGGCCCAACUCCGAGCUAGUGUAUUCUUAGCUCUUGAAGAAGAUAUCAAUCUGAGUAGUCGAAAACCAUUGUUGAAUGAAAAAAUAAAGUCGAGUUUGAAUACAUCUGAAGGACAACUGUUGUUCUGCAUAGUGAAGGAAUUUUUAGAAUAUUACAAUUUACAAUCUACCAUUGCGGUGUUUGAUGCUGAAUCAUAUUUGGGUGUAUCAUAUGAGUAUGAAGGACGAUCAAAAGUUUCAGCAGAUUUAGGUUUAACUACAGAACAAGAUAGUGUACCCAUAUUACAACGUAUUGUCCAGCUUGCUCGGCAGAAGCCUAAAAUGUUGGAGGUUAAUCUAACGGUUGAUAAAGAAAUUACUGAAGUAGAAGAUAAUUCUAGCAAUAGUUCCAAUUCAAAUAAGACUGAACCUAGUGUGAAUGACAAAAAUAGUGAUAGUGGGACUUCUGAUCUGGAAAAAAGCAAGAAAGAUAUUUUGUCAGAAUAUGAUCAUGAAAAUGAAUAUAAUGUAAGUUUGAAUAAAACAUUCACUACAGAAUCUAAUAACACAAUAAAUGAUUCUGGAGAUUUCAUUAAUAGCAAUGGAAUUUCAAAUUAUGAUGGACAAAACAGUAUCUCAGAGGUUCUUGAUAGUUCUAUACAAAUAAGUUUGCCUGUAACAUUACCUGAUAAAUUAGAUGAAGUAACUACACCAGUUUUAAAAGAUUUGAAAAUAUCUCCAGAAAGAGUUAAGUCACCACCAAAGUCUGAUAAAUUCAAAUCGAAAAAUAAUCUUAGUUCAUUAACAGAUCUACCAUCUCUUACUAUGAAUAAGACUCUAUCUGGAAAAAUUUUGCCUUCACUUUACAACAAAGAAUUUCGUGAAAAACCUAAUUCAUAGUACAAUUCACCCUUAUUCUAAACUCAGGCAUUUUAUACUUGGAUAAGAAUUAAUUUAAUUGUACAAAUACUGUAACAACUUAUUUGGAAUGAGAGUGAAUAAAAUGAUAAUUUAUUUUCAUUUGUAAUUCAUUCUGAAUUUAUAUUUUUUCAUCAUUUUUGCAAUAAUAAUGUUGAUCAAGUAACUUCACUAUAGUAAUAAGAAUGAUGGCACACUUUAUAAUGGGCCUUAACAUUCCGCAAAAAAUUCUGUAUAUCAGGUUGCUGUAAGGUGGAACAUUUUAUAAAUUAUAUAUUGUGAUUUUGGAGAAUAGAUGAAGUUCAGAAUUCAUCUGCAGUUGUUUUGAAGUUUCCCUAUACUUUUUCAUUAUGUUUUUAUAAGUACAACAUUUUUUUGUUCUGUUAAUUAUUGUAUUUAUUAUAUUUAAUAUGAGAGAAAGAUAAUAAAUGCUAAAUUUACUAUUGUAUAUUAACCAUGAAAAUUUCUUUUACUACUUUAUUAUGAUAGUUGAGCUUCUUUGUGAGUGAGGAAUAUUGAAAAUGAUUAUUUUGAAUAAAAACCUACUUAACCAGUAGUAGAUGAGACUUGGUCUUUAGGCUCUUGAAGUAAUUUUUUUCAAUAUAUAUCAACAGUGAACUCAUUAAUUUAAAAAUUUGUGUUUUCUGUAAUUGAGUCAAUUUUGAAAUUUCAAGAUUUUUUAUCUGCCUUUCGUCUAAAAAAAUGAUGAGUGUAUCCACUGAUGUGGUAUUAGAGUCUUUAUGCAAUUACAUUCAUAACUUAGUAUUUCAAUGCUUACUAACUUUAAUGUUACAAUAUUCCACUCGAGAGUUUUAUGUAUAAUGUGUAAUUUAUUUGAAUGAGCUUAAUAAUUCCUGAGGCAGCUAAUUUUCAUGACACAUUCAUACUAUCAUUUUUCUACUAUCAUAUGUACUUAGAUAUAAGAGCUCCUAAUUUUUUUUACAAUGAACCAGUAUUUUUGUUGAUUGAUUCAUCAUUCAUUCAAUAUUCCUUUGCAGUACUUAUUAAUUUAUUUUUGUUUUUAUAUACAAUUCUAUUUCAAAUUAUAAUGUUUUGAAUGUCAUUAUCCAAAUGGACUCCUUUUGGUCAUUUGAUAGGAAUGACUGUAUCAUGUUGCUCAAAUGUAAAUAAAUUGUUGAUAUAUGAAAAUACAUGAUCAUGUCACUUAA